ACAGGCUUUCAGGUUGUCUUCCCCAUCCAACAUCUCGAGUCCAUUCUCGAUCGAAGCAGAGAAAAAUCGGUAGGGGUCGGGACAGCAGCAGUAGCGCUGCCGCCGCCGCCGCGGGGGAGGUAGCAUCUAGCCCCACUCCGCCGCCGCUGUCUCCGGUCUGGAAUGGCUUCGGCGGUGGAGAGGCGGAGGGAGGAGCACUCCCGAAGAUCGCGCUCCCCGGCCAGGGAGAGGGAGCGGAGGGGCACGCCCCCACGCAGGCGGAGCCCCCAUGAGCGGAGGAAGAGUUCGCCUGUUAGGGCACGGUCCCCACCUGCUAAGCCCAGCGCGUCGCACAGGGACAGGGAGAGGUCGCCUCCGAGGGAGAAGGCGAAGGAGCGUGCCAGGUCGCCGCGGUCUCCUGCUAAGGCCAGCCUGUCACAGAGGGAGAGGUCGCCUCCGAGGGAGAAGGCGAAGGACCAGCGUGUCAGGUCACCGAAACACGCGAGAGAGCAGUCACGAUCACCGUCGCCUGCCAGGAGGCGCGGUUCUAGGUCGCCAUCACCGCGCACGAAGAGGCUGAGGAGAGCCCAUGGCGAGCGGGAGGCUGAGCAGGUGACUGACAGGGAUCGCCGCAAGUCCAGCCACAGGGAGGAGCGGGACACCGGGAGGCACAGGGAACUUGAUGAAGGGAGGGAUGCUUUGAGGGACAGGAAGGUGGAGCAGGUAACCAAUGGUGACCGCAGGAAGUCCUCUCACAGGGAAGACAGGGACUCAGGAGGCAAGCACCGUGAGCAUGAUGAAGGGAGGGAUGCAUCUAGAGAUAGAAAAGCAGAGCGGGAGGAUGCCAGAGAUAAGAAAUCUGAUCGAGAUGAUGGAAAGGAUCAUUCAAGGGAUAGAAGGCCUGGAAGGGAUGAUAGGUCUGGUGCUUCAAAGGAGACAUUGUGGAGCCGGGAUGAUGAUAGGCAUGAUUCAAGAGGUGGAAGGCCUGAUCGUGAUGACUGGAAAGCUGCUGCUUCAAAGGAGCAAAGGGUGGACCGUACUGAGAAAAGGGAUUCAUCAAGGGAGAAACUGAUGGAUCGGGAGGAGAGCAAUGGCGGAUCAGGAAGGUCAUCUAGACAUGGUCGAUCAGUGUCUCCAGAUGAGCACAGGCAUCGGGGCAGGCAUGAGUCCCAUUCAUCACCGAGGGUCUCCAGAAGUGCAGCACCUACUGAGGAUAUGAACUUUAGAGGAGGUGAAGCGUCCAGGAGCGGAGAUCCUGAUGCUUUGGCAAGAAUGAACACUGCCACAGAAGCUCUUGAAGCAAAAGAAAAGCAAAAGCCAUCCUUUGAGUUGUCUGGAAAGCUUGCUGAGGAGACCAACAGAGUUGCAGGUGUAAAUCUAUUAUAUUCAGAACCCCCAGAGGCUCGCAAGUCAGAGAUUAGAUGGAGGCUGUAUGUAUUUAAGGGUGGAGAACCGCUGAAUGCUGCUCUGUCACGACCCAAUCUCCUUAGGGAGUAGCCGUGGUGGACUGGUGGCCGGGGCGAUGGAUCCCGGCGGCGGCGAGAGUUGGACGCCGUCCUGACGGCCGGCGUCGAGCGGGAGAGCAAGCGUGCAAGGACAGAGGCGAGCAAGACGCCCGAAGAUCUAAUUGAUCUUCAGCGUAACCUCCAUUAGAUGUUCAGUACACGAUAUAAAAGUCACACAUUACAACUGACAGCAAUUACAAAUUCAAACACACGCAUGCGACACAACUGACAGAACGUGGACGCUCCUCUCCUUCAGCCACGACUCCUACGCUCGUACGCUCUUUUGACCAUAACAUCUCUCCCUCCCUUGGGAAGCAGCUCGUCCUCGAGCUGGAAGUCGGGAAACACCACGCGAGAGUUUGUCACGGGCUCCCACGUUGCGUCCGCAUCAGCGAGUCCAAUCCAUUUGACGAGGAUGUGCCAUACACCAGGGCGGAGCUGGGAACGCAGCACACAUUCUGGCGCUUGGGGGAGACGGCCGUGCUGUAGUGGAAGCAGGGAUGGUGUAGUCGUCGGGAGCGUGCCAUCAGGUAGUUGUAGUCGAUAAGCGAUGUCACCAACUCGUUGAAGUACUUGGAAGGGACCAGCAUAGCUUGGGCUGAGUUUUCCGUGUGUUCCUGGCAGGAGUGACUGCAUUGGGUGAUGAAGGGUCCGCAGCCAAACCCAGUCACCAACAGCGAAGUUCAGGGGGCGUUGUUUGGCAUCGUAACGCUUCUUUGCAUACUCUUGUUGGAGCAUCAGUUCAUCCUUUUGAAGUUGAGGAUACCUGGAUGGCCGAACUGCUGAUGGUGCUGGUCUGUUAUCCUUGCUUAAGGCAUGUAAUGUACUAGUGGAUGGAAUGUCCCACCUUGUUGACCCAAUACCUUUCCAAAGAACACGCUUGCCCGAAUGCCAAAAAUCCAUGCACAAAUCAUCAAAGUCCCAGAGGAUUGGCCCUAAAGUGCGAAGGAAAUUUACCCCCAGCACCAUGUCAUAGCAUUCCAAGGGAAUGGUGUAGCAGUCAAUCGUGAAGAAUUCUUCGCCAAUGCGUAUAGCAACAUCCUCAGCUAGGCCACGAGAUGAAACUCGAUCGCCAUUGGCUACUAUGACAUUGACACCAUGGCUGUUGAUGAAGUUAAGACCAAUAUGCUGAGCUGCGGGACCGCUGAUGAAGUUAUGGGUGGAUCCUGAAUCGAGCAGUGCAGUAAUUUGAUGAUUUCCCAUGCGCACUUUAACUUGCAUAGUGUCUGCUGUCCGAAUGCCCGUGAUAGCAUGAAGAGAAAUUAGUGGUGGCAUGUCCGCUGCAGGUUGAUCAUCUUGACUGGUCUGGUCUUGUGCAUCAAAAUCAGACACUUCUAGGUAAAACAAACGUUGACAUUUGUGACCAUGAACAUAAGGCUCAUCACAGUUAUAGCAAAGUCCUUGGCGACGGCGUUCUGCCAUUUCUUGUGGCGACAGACGGCGGAAUGGUCGUGAUGGAGCUGACUGAGCUGCAGUGAUCGCCAACGGAGUUGCGGUGGACACUGGCUGCUGUGGCUGAGACAUAUUUGGUGUUUGUUGUGGUGGCCGUGGAGGUUUGGACGAGGUGAACUCUAGCGAAGAGGCACGUCGUUCAUAUGCACGAGCAAGAGACAUGGCGCGUUGUAGAUCGGCUGGUGCUUGAAGUUCCACAUCUGUCCGUAACGGAUCAGGGAGGGCCACCGGUGAACAGCUGGACCUGUUGAGCGGGCGAAAGGUAGUCUGCAUGCGCCAUCCGAGCCUGGAACAUCUCUUGGUACUCUGCCACGGAGCCACGGAAAGGUAGGCGAGCCAGAUCGGCAAGGUGGUUAGCGCUCAAUGGUGGUCCGAAGCACUGUUGGCAGAGGGAGCGGAACAAGGGCCACGAGAUGGCAUUGAUGUCGCCGGCGGCGCGCUCGAGCAUGUAAAACCAAUGCUGGGCAGCGCCGGUCAUGUGAAAGGAGGCGAGGCCAACCUUGUGGCCCAUGUUUUCAAAUCGUCUAGUCGAACCUAGUCGCCAUGGGACCGAUCAGACGACUAGUCGCGAUUAGUCGUCGAUCAGGCCGAUUAGUCGAGCUUAGUCGGUCCUAGUCGUCUGCCUAGUCGUCCUAUGUGUCCCAGGACCGAUAUGAUAUAUGUACUACAUAUUACUUAAUAAAAAGCAAGUAUGAAGACAACAAUAAUGGUCAAUUUUUCACUUAUUUGUGAGAGAUGAUUUGUGAACUGUCCAGAACUCUGUAUUCCUGUCCCAUAGUCCAUAUUCCUGUCUCUCAGCCUCUAUAUACCAAAAACUUAAUGGGCCACCUUGCCAGCCCAUCGCCGGCCGAGGCCCACAACUCAAACAGCCCACAAAA